AUGGACCGAAUCGCCGGAAAGGCGCCCAUGAUGUUGGCCGUCUUGUGGACGUUCCAAGCCGUUGCUUUCGCCCUCGUGGGACUCCGCCUUUAUGCUCGCCUCGUGGUGGUACAAACAUACGGAUGGGACGAUCAUUGCUUCAACGGAGCCGUGAUACUCCUUUUCGUGUAUAACGUGCUCAUCUCGGUGGCAGCAACACUGGGCAUAGGCCAACUACAAACCGGUCCGUUCACAAGCGACGAUUCAAGGGCUCUUCUCCUUGUCAACAUUGCCCAGAGCCUGAUUGACGCCAUGGCCAUUCUCGUCAAGGUCUCCAUCGCCCUGUUCCUCCUGCGCAUCGUCGCCUCCAACAGAGCACACAAGAUCAUCAUCAUCGUGCCGGCCGCCAUCAUGUCCAUCAUCGUGGCCAUCGCCUUGCUUUGCCUCUGGUUCUCUUGUACUCCCAUAAGUUACUCCUGGGACCUUUCUAUACCAAAUGGCCAGUGCAAUGGGGACGAGCAGUUCGUUGUGGCUCUCCUGGGUGGGCUCUCGAUUAUUCUCGUGGAAGUCUUAUAUGCGUCCUUUCCCUGGUAUCUAGUCCGGAAACUGCAGAUGCCUAGGAGAGAAAAGAUCCUGGUUGGAUCGUGCAUGAGCUUUGGCUACCUUUCAGCGUUGUGCAGCGUAUACCGGCUCCUCGCACUAUUGGAUCUAGCUUAUUCCAGCAACCAAAACUAUUUCUACACCAUCGUCGACCUGCUAAUAUGGCAUUCAGCAGACAUUACUACACAACUCGUCAGUAUUGGCGUGACAGUCUGUCGGCCGUUGUACAAAGACUGGCUGAACAACGUCGUGGACCAGAUCGAAAGCGUGACCAACCACUCUAGCAGAAGUAAAUCUAACCCAUCGGGGUUCAGUGGUGCUGGCGCUGGCUUUAGUGUGAUUGCCCUGCAGACUAUCGGAGGAAGUACUGCCAACCACAAGAAGGCUGGAAGGUCAGCAGGAGCUGAUGUUGAGGAUGGGGUGGUCACGGUCCAGCGUUCUUGGCGAGUCGAGUCGAAUGCGAGGAGUGUUGUGUUUCCUGGUGAUGAUGAGAGCGAGGAGCACAUUUUGGGUAAUUCGGGGCGUGGUGAAGCUGACAACCGCAUAUGA